UUCCCCACCAUCCCAUUUAAUUUCCCCACCUCCCCACCAUUAUAAACCCAAGCCACGAGAAGCAACAGUCGCAGCCGCGAGAAAACUCGAGCCCCGCCGCCGCCGAUUAAUUCCCCAGCCCACGCGAGUCGACAGCCGAUUUCGAUCCUGAUUCCAUCCCUCUCGUGUUUCUAGGUAAGGAUCACGAACCCCUUCGCGAUCUCUACACUCGAUUUAUCGAUAGUCUAAUCCGAAACUCGUAUUUUUAUUAGCGGUGACGUUGAGGGUUCGAUCAAUAAGGAGAUCAACGUCACGGGUCAUCCAACCUAGGCCUAGGCACUUUCUAGAGGUAAGGGAACUCGAUCCCUUUGAGUUAGAUAGAUCGAUUUGGUGAUUUUUUUGUGAGGGGUGCAAUUCUGGGUUUUAGCAACAGGCUUUUAGUGACAGAUUUUGAUUGGUCAUUAAAGCUUCUGAGAAUUUCCAGAAAAGUAUUUUUGGAUGUUCUAAAUUAUUUCGUGCCUCUCUGAAGGUUUGAUUUCUGGAUCUAACAAUUUUAUAAAUUAAGAGACGUAUAGGAGAUGAUUUUAAUUUAAUUUGGAAAAUGUUGGAGAUGUAUUUCUAUUUUUAGAAAUUGUUUUAAUAUUCGUUUUAAUUAAAUAAAAAUCUUUCCGAGGGGUUUUUAAGGGUUUGAUAAUUUUCUAGGGUAUAGGGGCUCAUGAUUGACAUGGGAAAAUUAUUAUCCAAAAUUUGUAGAAGGUUCUAGUUAGGUGGAAAAUUCGUGCAAGACUAAAAUAAUUAAGAAAAAUGGUCGUUUUUUAAGGGAUUAAUUCUAGAAAAUUUUAGUGUGGGUUAAAGCACCCUUGGAACGAGGUUCAAGGACUGGAGUUUGAGGAGAGAAUGUUCUAGUGAUUCAAAAGGAGGUUUUAAAUCAAGAAAGGUCGUCUAAGAAAAUGGAUUCUUAUUAAUAGGUUUCCCCAAGAUAAUCCGGCUAAGGAGGGGUUUCUUCGAGGAAGGAAUUGAGGAGUUAGCUUUUCGAGGUGAGUGUAAAGGGGGUAAUAUCUCAGUCGAGGUCUUUUAGUUUAUGCCUUUUAUUUCAAGUUAUUAUUUAGUUAAUUUUUCUAGUAUGCGCGAUAUGUGUGUGAGGCAUCCCACCGCCUGUAAGGGUGGAGGCACGCGUUGUGCUAUGUAUGAAUGUAUGUAUGCUUGUAUGGUUGAUGGUAUGAGGAACCCCCGGGCGGUUGGGCCACUACUGGACGCGGUAGAUGGUCGGGUCACUGUUGGACGGCGAGACGUAUCGCAGCAGUUGAUCGAGUAUGUUGGGGUCACUAGUGGACGGCGAGACGUAACGGAGUAAUUGACGGGCAUGGACCGGACGGCGAGACGUAACGCAGUGCCAUUGCGGAGUUUGGGUAUAAAACCGGACGGCGAGACGUAACGCGGUUGGCAUACUAGAGUAGGACACCGGACGGCGAGACGUAACGUGGUGGUCCUAGUGUUUUGUGUUGAGAUAAGGAUAGAGGUCGAGAACUUUUAUGAGUCAAUGUUGAAAUGAGUUGAUAAGAAUGGUUAUUUAAGAGCAGAAAGCGAGAACGACUUUCAUGCUAGGAAGGCAUUCCCCUAAUAACGUGUUUAGUAAGGAGUUUGCCUAGGGCAAAGACCUUAGGAAGUAACGACGAGACUGACCCCUUCUCAUUCACCAGGUUGAUGAUAGUCUAGCAGAAGUGGAACACGGGAAGAAGCAGGGUGAGGCGAGUAGCAGUACCAGCGUCGACGGGAUAUCGGAAAGCUCGUGAGAAGUCAAGUUAGAUUAGUUAAUUAUUAUGUUUCAUGGUUAUUAGUAUAAACUGGAGAUUCUGUGUUAAGUCGUUUUAAGUGUUGGAGAUUGAUAAUUUUGUCCAAGUAUUGGGGCUUUUCGUUAAAAAUUCUCAAAUAAUGUCGGUUGUUUAUUUUAAAAUGUGGUUUGGGUUGCUCCAGAGUAACCGGUUUUUGGUUGGAGUUAUGGUUUGGUUUUUGAAAAGAGACGGGACGUGUCAGACAACAGGUUUCUGUCAAAGAAACUGGGGGAUUGUGAGCUCUGAUAUCAUUGAAGGAGUGCAUCACUUUUUUCAUCACAAAACCCUCCCUCGAGGUAUGAACGCAUCAUCUCUUACUUUAAUCCCAAAGUCUCCCAACGCUGAUAACCUCAAUGCUUAUAAACCUAUUGCCUGCAUCAACAUAUUAUACAAAAUUGUUGCAAAGGUCCUGGCCAAUAGGAUUAGAACUAUUCUCCCUUAAGUAAUAAGUAGAAAUCAGUCUGCAUUUAUCCAAGGAAGAAGCAUUUUGGAAAAUAUUCUAAUGGCCCAAGAAGUAGUGUAGAAUUACAAUAGAAUGCAGUUGUCUUCCAGGUGUGCAGAUAAGAUAGAUCUUAAAAAAGCUUUCGACUCAGUGAACUGGGAGUAUCUUAUCUGUGUUAUGAGCCAUAUGGGAUUCCCACAGCUUUUUCUCGAUUGGAUUCUGGUAUGUCUGAACUCUGCGUUCUUUAGUAUUUCGAUACAUGAAAGUCUUUUUGGUUUCUUUCAAUCUGCAAAAAGGGUCGGGCAGGGGGAUCAUCUAUCCCCCUACCUCUUCACCAUCGAUAUGGAACCACUUACUGGUCUUUUAAAUCAAGCUGGAGCCUCUAAUGUGAUCCCUUUCCAUCCACAAUGCAAGAGAGUUGACCUCACUCACAUCUGCUUCGCCGGUGAUCUUCUAAUAUUCACUGAAGGUUCAGCAAGGGCUUUAUCUAGAGUUCAAUCUGUCUUGGAUAGGUUCAAUCAACUCUCGGGGGUUGCAAUGUAACCCUGAGAAAUGUGAAGUGUUCUUUGGUGGUCAAGCUCAUGUUUUUAAGCUUAUUGCAUUGUGAUCUUCAGGGUUCAGAGAAGGGCAAUUUCCUGUUAGAUAUCUGGGCCUCCCUCUGACUACAGGUAAGCUUUCCAACCAUGAAUGUACUAUGCUCAUUGACAAAUUGACUCGGAGGAUUCGUAGCUGGAGGGCCAUCACUCUAUCAUAUGGGAGAUGAUUACAACUCAUUGAAUUGGUCUUCUAUUCCCUCAUUCAUUACUGGAUGGUGGUUUUUGUUAUUCCUAAGAAAGUAAUCAAAGCUAUCCAGAAAGCUUGUUCUAAUUUUCUUUGGGAUGGUGACAAGUCAGGGAGGGCUAAAGUUGCCUGGGAGCAUAUAGCCUUACCAAAGAACGAAGGAGGUUUAGGUCUGAAGGAUUUAAUCUCUUGAAAUAUAACCUGCAUUGCCAGGCUCAUCUAGCUUCUUCUUGUUCGGGGAGGAAGUUUCUGGGUUGCUUGGGUCUCCCGCUAUAGACUAAGGGGGACUUCCCUUUAAGAGGUGAAACUAACAGCUGCAGGAUCAUGAUAUGGAAACAGGUCCUCAAAAUCAGAUCUUGGCUACAGUUUAGAAUGGGAGUGGAUAGUGAUGGAGAGGUUACCUGGCUUGGGAACAAGAUCAUCAGGUUCUCUGUUUCCACCUUUUGGAACACCUUGCGUAUCAGACAACCUAUCGUUACCUGGUGGAAGAUCAUUUGGGGCAAAUUCGCUCUGCCCAGAUGCAGAAUUUUGGCGUGGCUCAUCAUUAUUAAUCGAAUCUCCACGAGAGACAAGCUCAUGAUGUGGGGAUUAACAACGAAUGAUAGUUGUGUUCUUUGUGCAGCAGUUUGUGAAUAUCGGAAGCACUUGUUCUGUGAGUGUGCUUUCACCUCUGCAUUCCUCUCUUAUCUUCUCAGAACUAAUAUCCAACUGCCUGCUACGUGGGAGGAAAUGAUGCAGCUGAUGUCCCACAAAGCUAAACGUACUGACAGCAGAAGUUUGCUUGAGUGUUUCAUAUGGUGCUGGUCUAUCUCGUUUAUCUGGAGAGAACGCUGCAAUAGAGUAUUUGGAGUAAGCCCUUGACAACCUGAGCUUCUACCAUCCAUGAUGAGAGAUGAAGUUCACCUUUUUAGUAGAGGCAAUUUUGAGUUUCAAACCAUGCUUCAGAGUAUGUCGGAUUUAUAUAAGAUCAUUGGACCUCAGUAGAUAGUUUUUCUGCUUUCUGUUACUCCUUGGGAGUUUUACGUUGGACAGCUUACUGUCUUGUAUGUUUUUGACUCGUGCAGCUUGCAACGAGUGUGCUUUAAUGGAAAUUGCUAAUUAUAAAAAAUGGAUCUUAUUAGAUUUCUUUUGUAUUAAAUAAUAUGAUUUCAUUAUUUAUUUUAUUUUUAAAAUGAUAUAAAUGAAGGAAAAUUAUAUUUUCUGAAAUAAAAUCAAAAUAUGAUAAGGAUAAUCUUGUAUUUUCAAAACCGCUUUUCGCAGAAGUUUCAAAUCGGAGCUUCUGCUUUUAUGUUAUACAAAAAUGCUUUUCGGCUUUUCAAAAACCGAGCUUUUAGAGGUGUUUGGCGCUGCUUCAGCUUUUAAAGCCGAAAAACUCUUCUAAAAGUCGGCCAAACAUAGGCAUUAUAGGACAGUCUAGUGUUUACAUUGGGAAGCAUUGCUCCCGUCCGUUGGAUUUACGACUUCGGUUCUUGCUCCCUCUCAGAGAUCAACCUUGAAGGGAUGUUCAGGUUGCCAAAUCUAAAAGCCUUUUGAAGAGCAAGUAUUUGUUCAUCAUAAUCGGUACUUUAUCCAGAUUGGUCAUAUAAUUUUGAUAUCUGUACAAAAUGGUCAGAUAGCUCUUGUUUUAAGCUAAACUAGGAUGAUUAGGGAUGACAAAAAUAACCAUACUCGUGAAUACCUGAUCGAAUUCAACAAAAUCAGGUAAGGUGAUACUCGAACUUGAAAGAUUUUUUUAUGGAUAUGGGUAAAACUAGAAUUCGAAUAUUGCAGUUGAUGGAUGGACAUGGGUUUCUCACUAUCACUCUCGAACCCCCGAUUAUACACAUGUAUAUAUAUUUGUUUGAAACUAAUCAUUAUUUUUCUUAACAUAGUUUAUAUUUAUCAUACAUAUAUAAUAUUUUCAUGAAACUGAAUUGUUUUUAACUAAUUUUCUCGUUCUAGUAAUUUAUUAAUUAUAUAAUGUCAGUAUACGCGUAGUUAUUUUUUUGGAUAAGGGUGAUAUAGGUUUAAAAUUUUGUGAUUAAGGUACUACGGAAGGGAUUCGAACCGGGGACCUCCAGGUUAUAGGCUAGUGGUAUGACCACUAGGCCAAACCCUUGUUCGUGUUAGCAUAAUGGUUUUACUUGUAUGGAAACCCAAAAUCCGAUCGAGUAUUGACAUGAUUUUGAAAUUUAACCAGUUCUUGUAUGAAUAUGAAUAUGAAUAUAGGUAAAACUCGAACUAUUUUUAGAGGUGUAAUGGAUAUGUAUUAUCCUCCCCCGACUCGUUGCCAUUCCCAAGGAUGAUAUGCCAUGGUAUUAGGAAUGAUAAUAGGACAAGUAGGCUGGAUAUCUUAAUCUUAUCUUAUCUUAACUUAUAAUAUGGCCGUUGUGGAGCAAGUUUUUGCCACAUAGGACAACGGAAGCUCCACAAUUUUCCAUGUCAUUUUGUCUUUUUUAACAUUUUAAGUUAUUAGUUACAUUAAAAUAAAAAUAAAUAAACAUUUAUAUCAAUCAUCAUCACAAAGAUUUGAACCUACGACCUAUGAGGUCAAACUAUCAUCAUUUCAAAUGUUCAACCACCAGGAUAAAGUAUAUUUGAUGCUAUUAAUCACAACAAAACAUGUAUAUCUAUCACCAUAACUAAGAUUUAAUCAUGUAACCUAGAAGCUCAAAUUGUAAUCAUUUCAAUUUUUUAACCAAUAGAAUAAAAUAUCUUUCAUGCAAUUAAUCACAACUAUUUUUAACCAAUAGAAUAGCUAUCAUGGUUACAAUUUUGUAUUCUAUUUUUUAGCAUUGAUAUCAUUAACAUCUACAAAUAAAUUAUUUUUAGUUUAUAAUGUUUCAUAAUUGUUAUAAUUUCUUAAAAAUAAAUAAAAAAAUCCGAAAAACCAUAAAUUUAGUUGGUAUACAAUUAUAAAAUUUUAAAUAAUUUGACAUGGGAUUAUCUUUUAAAAUUGAAAAAUGAAAAGUAAAGAAUAAUCUUCUUCUGCAUUCUAGAACACGAAAAAUUUAACAUUUUGUUUGUACGAACUACUAUAAAUAUGUGAACCAAUG